UUAGCCGGCGCUUCCUUGCACCAGCCGGGAGCUAAUGAACGGGGCACCGGGAGGAUUACCUGAGGGCUAAACGCGUUUUUAACGGUUUUCCUGCCAAAUUCAGGCAAGCCUGUGAGGACGCUGAGGUAUAUUUGCGGCUAUGACGGACGAAAAAAGCAGCAGCGGUCCUGAAAGUGACGCACAGCAGCCUCGGAGCACCGCUACAGCGGAAUACUGCGCAAACUUGCAGCAGUGGAUGUGGCAGUAUUACUGGGGGUACGCCAGCUGGCAGAACUGGGUGGCUCUGUCAGCUUUCCCCUUCCCUCCGCCGGGGAUAAGCGCUCAGACGCCGCCGGGUACACCCGUCAGUGGGCAGCAAGCAUUUGACACAAGGAGCUGGUACAGCUACUAUCCUGUCACGUCCCCCGCAGCUUCCUUUCCUCACCUGGCUGCCGGGACCGAGCUGGGCUCAGCCACCAACCCGCUCCCGGGUGCCGAUGCUCGUCCUGGCCAGCAGCAGAACGGGAACCCGCCUCAGGCAGGACAAGAGUACACCAUCCCCUCUCCUCUCCAGAGGUUCCUCGCAGAGACUGUGGACUUCUUCAUCCUGUUUUGUGUGAAAGCCACCAUCGUGUUAUGGAUCAUGUAUCUGAGUGGUAUGAAGGACAUUGCCAAAUUUAUCACCCACUUCAUUGUGGAGGAGAUAGAUGAGAACACGUCCCUGGAGGACCUGCAGAAGAUGAUGGCUGUUGCUCUGGUCUACAGGGUACUGGUGUGUGUCUACGAGAUCAUCUGUAUUUGGGGCGCUGGUGGAGCUACGCCAGGAAAGUUCCUGCUCGGCUUGCGGGUGGUGACGUGCGAUACGUCCACCCUUAUACGACCCAACUGUGUUCUUGUGGUCCCAGCAUCCAACGUGUCCUUCUCAGCCUCUACUGUGCGGGCGUUGAACAAGAACUUCUCCAUUGCCUUCCUCUUCCCUGUCUUUAUCACCCUCCUCUUCUUCCAGCACAACAGGACUGUGUACGACAUUGUGGCGGGGACCAUAGUUGUUCAGCGCAGAGGAGGCAGAUAGCAGUAUUAGACUUCUGUUUAAAGAGUAUCUAGAAAAUUUUAUCGAACUCAGAUUUACUAACACAGAGGAGAGUGACUUUGCUGGGAAAAACUCGGAACGCUCUAUAAAAUGAAACGUAUACAGACGUAGACCUGGUACAGUGGGAUGAGAAACAUCUGCUGUAAGGGAUUUAAAGGUGCAAUAUGUAAGAUGUUUAAUUAAAAACAUUUAAAAAUUAAGUGGAAUCGUCAGCACAAUGUGAUGAAAUCCUUCAAAGUUUCUGAAGUUAUGUCAGAUUCUACAUGUUAUGUUGUAGAGAUCAAAUUAUAAAUGCAGUGGCGGACGGGGUUGGACAAAAGCGCUGGACGGUUUCGGCUUCAGCCUACAACUGACCUUACAGUGUGUCCUGUGCACGUUAAUGGCAGUAGGUGACACAGACAGCUGGAGGCUUGGAUCCUACAACAUGAUGUUAGCUAGCUUUAUAAUAUAUCAAUGCUGCAACAGCAUCUGUGAUAGCAAACACAAACAGUUGUUGAUCUGCUGUUAAAAUAAAUAACAAUAAAAAGUCCAGUGCAAACAAAAAUCUAUAUAAGUUAAAUCUUCACAUAUCAGCAUUUUGGUGAUUGCAUGAUUAUCAGUCGUGCAAUCCAGCACAGUUAGACACUGCAUUAGUCUUUUUCCCUGGCUCAGUUGGUCU